GGCAAGCAAGAAACCGAGCAAAAAAAAGGAAAAGGCGGCGAUAAAUAAGAGGAAAGUGGCCCGGUCGCCACUCCAGUCCGUAGCCAUGGAGUCCUCCCCUUCCUUCUCUACUUCUUUUUCUUCUCCUCCCAGCACCAAUCCCAUUCCCAAUCCCAAUCUCGACUCGCAACCGAGGCUCACCGUCACGCAGCUGGAGCAGCUCAAGGUGGAGGAGAAGGUGGCCGAGAUCUACCGCCUCCUCAAUGGCGUCUCCGCCCACGCUCGGUCCCUCAUGUCAGAGCUAUGGUGUGAUAAGCAUGUGGAGUUUCUCACAAGAGGACUGAAACAACUUGGACCGAGCUAUCACGUGCUAGAUGCCAACCGACCUUGGCUAUGCUACUGGAUUCUUCACUCAAUUGCUUUAUUAGGAGAGCCACUCGACACUGAACUGGAGAACGAUGUGGUGGAUUUUUUAUCCCGUUGUGAGGAUGAAGAUGGUGGAUACGGUGGUGGACCAGGGCAGCUGCCUCAUCUUGCAACAACUUAUGCUGCAGUAAACACACUUGUUACAUUGGGAAGCGAGAACGCCCUAUCAUCAAUAAAUAGAGAUAAUAUAUACAAGUUUUUGCUGCGGAUGAAAGACUCUUCAGGUGCCUUUAGAAUGCAUGAUGCAGGCGAAAUUGAUGUCCGUGCUUGCUACACUGCAAUAUCAGUUGCAAGUAUUUUGAACAUUUUGGAUUAUGAGCUUGUAAAAGAUGUUGGAAAUUACAUCUUGAGAUGUCAAACCUAUGAAGGUGGUAUUUCUGGAGAACCUGGUUCAGAAGCUCAUGGUGGGUACACAUUUUGUGGGCUGGCCACUAUGAUUUUGAUUAACGAGGCUGAUAGGCUGGACUUGUCAAGUUUGCUUGACUGGGUGGCAUUUCGUCAGGGAGUAGAGUGUGGAUUUCAGGGCCGAACAAAUAAGUUGGUUGAUGGUUGCUACUCCUUUUGGCAAGGAGGUGUGCUUGCUUUGAUGCAAAGGUUAUUGCCAAUUGUUGCCAAACAAUUGACACCAUCAUCUGUCAGUGGAGAGUCAUCUCUUGGAAGUACAUGCAAUAUUAAAUCUUCUGAUUUGGCUGGACAGGGAAGUGGAAAACUUUCAGAUGUCAGUUUCUCUUUCAUAAAAAGACAUACCGAAUCUGGCCCUCUAUUCCAUACCAUUGCCUUGCAGCAAUAUAUACUCCUUUGUUCCCAGGUACUGGAAGGAGGGUUCAAGGACAAACCUGGGAAGCAGCGAGACUUUUAUCACACGUGUUACUGUCUCAGUGGGCUCUCUGUUAGCCAGUAUAGCUGGUCAAAGGAUGCUGGUGCAUGUCCAUUGCCCACAGCAAUUUUGGGUCCUUACUCUAACCUGUUGGAGCCCAUCCAUCCACUCCAUAAUGUUGUUUUGGAUAAAUACUAUAUAUCACACGAGUUCUUCUCAAGGUCCUGAGCAGCAAGGUACCUCCAUAAGCAGCCACUUGUUGAGAACACAGGAGUCCUUACGUUACUGCUUCUCAAAUUAAUCCCAUGAAGACCUGACUUAUAAUGUGUGGCAAAAGAUCUGGCUGUAUCCAUCUUACCCAAGGGAUGAUCAUUUCAAGCUGAUUCUUGUAGCAGGAAUGGCAGCUCUUUCUUUUCCUUUUGCAAAUUGAACUGAAACAUCAUUUAGAUGUGGUAACUGCUGUUUGAUUUGGUACACUCCUUUGGGCAAUGGAAGUCUCAUAAGUAAAAUAGUCGACGCAUCAUUAAAAGGCAUGUAGAAACCCAAGGCAAAGGGGGGAAUGGGAGGAACAAGGACCAAAAUGUAGGCUUAAAUAUUUUGUUUGUGUAUGGUCGUUGAAGAUAUCAUGCUAGGGUG